GGUAUCGAUUCGCUUGUGUGGGCAUCGUUUGUCAAAACCAAAAUGACUCACUUGAACUUCUAAACAAAAUACGAGUUUUAGAAAUACAAAUUGUCAACAGUUUACUUUCUCGACAGUGCAAUGGGCUUAUUUGGCAAAACCCCCAGCAAAGAUCCCAAAGAACAGGUGCAGGAGUGGACGCACAAGAUACGGAAGGAGGGAAACCAGCUGGAUCGCCAGAUUCGUAGUAUCCAGCGUGAGGAGGACAAGGUCAAGCGCUCCCUCAAGCAGGCUGCUCAGAAAAAUGAUCGCGACACCUGCGUCAUUCUGGCGAAGGAGAUUGUGAACGCGCGGAAGGCCAUUAACCGCAUAUACACGUCGAAGGCGCACCUUAACUCCAUCCAAAUGCAGAUGAAGAACCAGCUAUCCACCUUGCGGGUAGCCGGAUCCCUGCAAAAGUCCACGGAGGUUAUGCAGGCCAUGCAAAAUCUGGUGCGCUAUCCGGAGCUGGCCGGCAUAAUGCGCGACAUGUCCAAAGAAAUGAUGAAGGCCGGCAUUAUCGAGGAGAUGUUAGACGAAACCAUGGAUUCGCUGGAGGAGUCCGAGGAACUGGAGGAGGAGGCGGGCAAGGAGGUGGACAAGGUUCUCUGGGAGAUUACGGAUGGCAAGCUCGGAGAAGCUCCCCUGCCGCCAGAGGCUACUCCGGCGGACAAGGCGCCUGCUGCCCGCGUCGAGGUUCCUGUUGAGGAGGAUGAUGACGACGGCGAGGAACUGCAGGAGAUGCAAAGCCGCCUGGCUUCGCUGAGAUCUUAAAGCGAAUGCCAAGGGGAUUGCAUUUAUAUUCGAAAUUGGAGGCUUGUGAUUCCGACUAACAAGUCCAAAACGAAAGAACACCAGCCAGCGCCUAAUUAUAAAAACCAAAAUAAUCUUUAAAAACUAAUAUUCAGUUUUUAUAUUUUAAGUAAACAGUGCCCCAGUUCAAGUUGUGUUGAACGCAUUGUACGGUUUAAUUUACACAAGUUAACUUUAUUUAUUGUAUAAUUAACAUUGUAUUAAAAAUCGAUAUUUGCUGUGGUA